CCUGAAAAUUACAAUCCUCCUAAAGGAGGUUAUACAGAACUAGAGCUCAAAGAAACCUUCGUCAUUCUCUAAUUAGGACCUCUCGUUUUUCAGGUGAGGAAACUGAGGCUCAAAGAGGGAGACAUCAUUUUGUCCAGCAUCAUACACGUCAAGUCAACAGCCUCUUCCUAAAGUGAUGAUAUAGAGCUGGGAUUGAAGUCGCCUCCAUAAUACGGGGGUCAAGUCCUCCUCUGAGAUGCUGCCACAUUGGGUGCUGGUGACGCGGACUCCCGAAGGUUAAACCGGCUUGCCGUGGAGUUCGUGCAGAGCAGCGCAGUAGUUCUACGGUGGGACUUGGUCGUUCGGAGAUUGUCGGUUUAAAUCCUGCGUCAGACAUUUGCUAGCGCGCGACCCUGGGUGCCUAAUCUCUCUCAACCUCAGUUUCCUCAUUCUACAAAUAACGCUUUUCUGUCUCAGCUUCCUAUUUUGUAAAAUGGAAAAGAUAGCAAUAGCACCUAGCAGCGACCAGACCGGUUGGCCUUGUCCGGACAUUGCAUCUCGACCCCUUUGCUGGUGCCUGACAAACUGCCUCUCCUGCCUCCUGGGCUUCCUUUGUCUCAGAUAAAGCUUCGUUAGUCGGAGAACAAGGAUUGUUGUUUGAACGUUGUAUUCUUCAAGCUUGGCACGGUGCAAAUGCUAGCUGACUGCCUAUCUUACAGGGUUGUCGUAAAGGUUAAAUAAGAAUGACUCCUUAAAGUGCUUGGCAAACCUUAAAGUGCUCUUUUCAAACCAGGAAGCCUUCCGUAGGGUCCUGAGGAUGGAUGGGACCUGUCUGCUUUCUAGCCCAGCCAGGGAGCUGUGGAGAGGCGCCUUUCUACGAAGAUGGCCUGUAGGUGAUGAAUUCUCUCCAAAACAAAAAAGAACCACAAAGCCAGCGAGCCGGCCUCAGGUGGCACACUCUCCUUUGGGAUUGCCGCAAGCAGCAAGGAACCAAGAGCCAGGUGGACCAAGUUCUCGGAGGGCGCUUCUUCCUGGCGCAACGUUCGCUUUCCCUCGCGCCCUCUUCCCUUUCCCCCUCCCUCGCGGUUGCCGUGGAAACGGAGGAGGGAGCUCGGAUGCACCGAGUGACCGGAGCCGGGCCUUUGCUUCUUCUCCACAGAGUGGGCUCGAUUCAGCCGCCAAGAUGAUGCUUUCAAGAGCUAAGCCUGCUGUGGGUGGAGACCUACAGCAAAUUGACAAGCGGAAGAAGAAAGGGAGAAAGAUUCCAAAACUAGAAGAGCUGCUAUCACAAAGAGAUUUCACUGGAGCCAUUACCCUAUUGGAGUUCAAACGGCAUGUGGGAGAGCAAGAAGAGGAUGCUGAUCUAUGGAUUGGAUAUUGUGCUUUUCAUCUGGGUGACUACAAGAGAGCUUUAGAGGAAUACGAAUCUGUGACAAAGGAAGAAGGUUGUAAUCCUGAAGUUUGGGUGAACUUGGCCUGUACUUAUUUCUUCCUUGGGAUGUAUAAACAAGCAGAAACAGCAGGAUUUAAAGCUCCCAAAAGCCGACUCCAAAAUCGUCUCCUCUUCCACUUGGCUCACAAGUUCAACGAUGAGAAGAAAUUGAUGAAUUUUCACCAGAAUCUUCAGGAUAUUACUGAAGAUCAGCUCAGCUUGGCAUCGAUUCACUAUAUGCGCUCUCACUACCAAGAAGCUAUUGAUAUCUACAAGCGAAUUCUGCUGGAUAACCGGGAAUACCUUGCUCUCAAUGUUUAUGUGGCUCUUUGUUACUAUAAAUUGGAUUAUUAUGAUGUGUCUCAAGAAGUGCUGGCUGUUUACCUUCAGCAAAUUCCUGAUAGCACCAUUGCUCUCAACCUCAAGGCCUGUAACCAUUUUCGUCUUUACAACGGCAAAGCAGCUGAGGCAGAACUCAAGAGCCUGAUGGACAAUGCCUCCUCUUCCUUUGAAUUUGCCAAGGAACUUAUCAAGCACAAUCUGGUUGUUUUCCGAGGUGGUGAAGGUGCUUUGCAGGUUUUGCCUCCCCUGGUUGAUGUUAUUCCCGAGGCCAGACUAAACUUAGUGAUUUACUAUCUUCGCCAAGAUGAUGUACAAGAGGCUUAUAACUUAAUUAAAGAUCUAGAACCUACAACUCCUCAGGAAUACAUUCUUAAGGGAGUAGUUAAUGCAGCUCUUGGACAAGAAAUGGGUUUGAGAGACCAUCUGAAAAUUGCCCAGCAAUUCUUCCAGUUGGUGGGUGGAUCAGCUAGUGAAUGUGACACAAUACCAGGGAGACAAUGCAUGGCUUCCUGCUUCUUCCUGCUUCGACAAUUUGAUGAUGUCUUGAUUUACCUCAAUUCUGUCAAGAGUUAUUUCUAUAAUGAUGACACCUUUAACUUUAAUUAUGCACAAGCCAAAGCUGCCACAGGGAACACUGCUGAGGGUGAGGAGGUAUUCCUUUUGAUUCAGAGUGAGAAGAUGAAAAAUGACUACAUUUACCUCAGUUGGUUAGCACGAUGCUAUAUUAUGAAUAAGAAACCAAGAUUAGCCUGGGAGCUUUAUCUGAAGAUGGAAACAUCCGGGGAAUCCUUUAGUCUUUUACAACUCAUUGCUAAUGACUGCUAUAAGAUGGGCCAGUUUUACUAUUCAGCCAAAGCCUUUGAUGUCCUGGAAAGAUUGGAUCCGAACCCUGAAUACUGGGAAGGCAAACGGGGGGCCUGUGUGGGCAUUUUUCAAAUGAUAUUAGCUGGCAGAGAACCCAAAGAAACCCUUCGAGAGGUGUUGCAUCUACUGAGAAGCACUGGUAAUACUCAGGUAGAGUACAUAAUUCGCAUCAUGAAGAAGUGGGCCAAAGAAAACAGAGUUCCUGUCUGAGAUGGUGCCAUCAUUAUUAUGGUCAAGUUCAAGAGAACCAAAUAUCUUGUUGGGAGAAAAAAAAGUUUAGUUUUGAUGUGGAGGGCAGGAUGGAUAUUAUCUUUAUGGAUAUUUUCUUCCUGUGUUCCAUUUACCUUGAAGAUCAAUGAACCACAUAUUGAGACAGCUUUCUGAUGGAGCAGAGUGCCAUAGUAUGCAUUAUUGUCCCUGUGAAGUCAUAAUAGCAAUAAUACCUUAAACGUUAUUGGUGCCUUUCAAAGAACUCAAAUCAAUCUGUGUAACAUAAACUUAUUUUAAAGAGAAAGUAUGGGCUACUUUCUAUCUCUACCAUAAUAGAGUUCCAUGGUACUGUCUCCUUACUGCAAUAACUUCUGGCUUCUAGGUCAUUGACUAUCACUUGAUUAUCUGAUCUUAUGGUCACUCACGUUUUAUGUCUGCUUGAUUUCACAUAGAAAGUUUUAUAAAUGAAACCUCUCUGGCAUCUUUAUAUGAGUGGCUGCAUUAAGUUUUGAAUGACAAUGGCCUCUUUCAUUGAGCCCAAAAAUUAUUAAACUAAACUUAGUUCUGUAUAAAUUACCUUUCUAAGAGAUUGAAUUUAACAGAGAAAAAAGAUCAAUGCUUUAUUUUUGAAGAUGUAUUUCUAGGAAGCUCUGAGUCUAUCACCUCUAAAAAUAUUCACAUUUCCCUACUACCCCCAUAUAAACAACAAAGAUGCCUUCAUAUCAAAUCAUAUGGGCAUAACUCAUAGCCCAUCUCAUUGAACUAAUAUCACAAAUCAUAAAAAUGCUUUAUAUAACUAUGUCUUUAAUAUUAUUAUAAGAAUUUGAUGCAAGUCAUGGAUUGUUGAUUGUACAGAUCUCUCUCUACUGAGGAUAUCCUCAGUGUUUUAGGACUUAUCAUUUCUGAGGCAACACCAAGCUGCAACAGGAUGAGGCAGUCUUUGGGCUCAUACCCCAGAGCCAAAACCCAGAGGAAAUGAGUACGAUGAAGCUAAGAAGACGGGACCUGAAAGGAACUUUUAGUUAGCUCUUUGUGAUGACCAGGAUAGAGGGGCUAUCCAAGCCCCCUCCAUGAGUGGGGGAGUAGGGAAGGACCUACCCACCAAACCCCCAUCUUUCUACCCUGGCUCCAAUGGGGAUGGGAACAUGCUAGCAAUGAGAACUCCCGACUGGUAGGGAGAUAGCAAGAACAUUCCCUUCAGGCUUCUACCCCAUGGAGGUAUAGCCACAGCUCUCCAUAGGGCUUACAUUCAUCUUUUAAUUUUAGUGUCAUUAUGGCUUUUGUUUUAUGAGUCAAUUCUGAUUACUCAUUAAAAUUAAUAGGCUCUUCUAAUUCAACUUAAAUUUUAAAAAAUCAAGCACCUUUUCUCUUCCCCUCAUAUUGUGUCUAUUUUGAAGACCAAUAUCUACUCCUCACCAUUCAAGGCACUAUCCAGAGCUUGUCUGGACAAAACUUGAAUCUUAAUGUUUAGUUACUUUUCUAAUCUUCACCUCACCUGAAUAUAAGGAAAUACUUUUUAAAGAGAGAUUAAAAUGGAAUCCUUUUUCAUAGUGGCUGGAAAUAAGUUUUUUCUUUUUGUCAUUAGCUAAUUGCUUUAAGUUUCCAAAAUGUAAUUCUUGCUAGAAUGACUUGUCCAUUGAGGGCAUACCCACAUAUUAGAUCUACAGGAUUAGUUCAGAUUUUUUUUUUCAGGAACACAUGUGCCCCUCCCCCCAAAAGAUUUUAAACUUCAAAAAAAAUUUUGAAAGAAUAUUAAGGCUUUAAAAUCUUAAGAAUAUAAUUCAAAGUGAGAUUUGGAGGUCUACAUAAGUGGAACCAUUCAUUGUUGUACCUACUAAGAUAAUAACUUGUAAAAUGGUUUGAGAAAUUCUAGAAAAAAGAUUGUGGCAAAUUGAGCAAUUAUUGCUCUUAUCUGGGAUAGAGGAAAGUAGAGUUGCCUAGGCCCAGGAAUAAAUUAUAUUUAUAUUGUAUAGUAUCAGAAUAUUAUAUAUCAGUGUAUAGGUAUUAUGGCAUAUUCAAAUAGAAAAGGAAAAUCUUUUAUUUUUGUACCUUGAGAUUAUUGCAUCCCACUGUGGUAUGUAUUAAUUAAAGUUCAUUAUUUGAUUUA